UCCGAAUCCCACCGCACCAGUCCCCCGAGCCCGCGCGGGACUCGAGUCCAGGAGGCAGGGUUGGAGCGUGAAGGAGCAUGUUUUUGGCUCAGAGGAGACUCUAUUCCCUUGGCAGUAGAGCUAAAUUCCUGAAGACAACUCAUUCGUCAAAAAUCUUCAGACUCUCCACCUCUGCUAAAAUGUCUUUGAAAUUUAAAAAUGCAAAACGAAUCGAAGGCCUUGAUAGUAAUGUGUGGAUUGAAUUUACCAAGUUGGCCGCAGACCCCUCUGUUGUGAAUCUUGGCCAAGGCCUUCCAGAUAUAUCCCCUCCUCCAUAUGUGAAGGAAGAAUUAUCAAAGAUUGCGGCGAUUGAUAGCAUGAAUCAGUAUACACGCGGCUUUGGUCAUCCAUCACUUGUGAAAGCUCUGUCCUGCUUAUAUGAAAAGCUGUAUCAAAAGAAAAUCGAUCCAAAUAAAGAAAUCCUUGUGACAGUAGGAGCAUAUGGCUCUCUUUUUAAUGCCAUUCAAGGAUUAAUUGAUGAAGGAGAUGAAGUCAUAGUCAUAGUACCUUUCUAUGACUGCUAUGAGCCCAUGGUGCGAAUGGCUGGAGCAACACCUGUUUUUAUUUCUUUAAGAUCUAAACCUGUUGAUGGGAAAAAAUGGUCUAGUUCUGACUGGACAUUGGAUCCUGAAGAACUGGCAAGUAAAUUUAAUUCCAAAACCAAAGCCAUUAUACUAAAUACUCCACAUAACCCCAUUGGCAAAGUGUACACCAAAGAGGAACUCCAACUAAUUGCUGACCUUUGCAUCAAAUAUGACACACUCUGCAUCAGUGAUGAGGUUUAUGAAUGGCUUGUAUAUACUGGAAAUAAGCAUUUAAAAAUAGCCACUUUUCCAGGUAUGUGGGAGAGAACGGUAACCGUAGGAAGUGCUGGAAAGACUUUCAGUGUAACUGGCUGGAAGCUUGGCUGGUCCAUUGGUCCUUACCACUUAAUAAAACAUUUGCAGACAGUUCAGCAGAACAGCCUCUAUACCUGUGCAACUCCUUUACAGGAGGCCUUGGCUCAAGCUUUUUGGAUGGAAAUGAAGCGCAUGGACGACCCAGAGUGUUACUUUAAUUCUUUGCCAAAAGAGUUAGAAGUAAAAAGAGAUCGGAUGGUACAUUUACUUGGAAGUGUUGGCCUAAAACCCAUAGUUCCUGAUGGGGGCUACUUCAUCAUUGCCGAUGUGUCUUUGCUAGAUGCAGACCUCUCUGAAAUGAAGAACAAUGAACCUUAUGACUAUAAAUUUGUUAAAUGGAUGACUAAAAAUAAGAAACUCUCAGCCAUCCCAGUUUCAGCAUUCUGUAACAAAGAGACCAAAUUACAGUUUGAGAAGUUUGUGAGAUUUUGCUUCAUUAAAAAAGACAGUACACUAGAUGCUGCUGAAGAAAUCAUCAAGGCAUGGAGUAGACAGAAGUCUUGAUAAAUGGCCAACUGCUUUAAUGUUUCUAUUAGAUGACCUAGUAUGGAACUGUUAUUAGUACUGCCACUCACCGGAUAUUGCAAAACAAAUAGUUCAGUACAGAUGAAAUUUAAAGAAAUAUUCCAUUUUUUCCCUAAAUAAGUUAAUCCCUAACAAUAUUCAAGAGAUCUGAUUUUUGUUUUUCAAUUGAAAUGUAUUCUGUUGAAACACCUUCAACUAGCAUUUUAUGAGUCAGUAUAGCAUUGUGGAUAAAAACUGUGAGAUGCCGGUUUCUGCUUAACCUCUGUGUGCUUCAGUUUCCUCAUCAUAAAAGGGGAAUAAAAAUAGCAUCUACAUUAUA